AGACGGCCAGCAGUCAGCCGGUAGUUCUCAUCGGAUCUCGACAUGUGAUCGUCCCUCUGCUGGAAUUUUCCAAAUGUCUCGAAAAUCCCGCCCGCUUGUUCGAGUUCGAGAUCCUAAGGAAGAUUCUGGGAGAUCGUUUUUCUCCUUGGAGCGGAUCUCUCGCGCUCGGCCGACCGAUUGACCCAAGAUCGAUCCUGAAGAUCGAGAGGAAGAUCAAUCAGUGAUCAACCACCAUGGAGCAAGAUCGACAGCAGCUAUGACCGCGAAAGAGAAACGUCAUCGCUAUAGAACCCGCCGACUGACGUUACGUCGAGCCAUCUCGCAAAUUGAAAUCACCGGCGAAUUAGCAUCCUCGUGAGGGGUCCCAAGAUAUAAAUUGGAGAGAACGGAGACAUCGGCGUUAAUCCGAUGAUCGAGAAUCGACUUAACGACCAUCCGGCAUCGAGAGUGAGAGAUUCACACUUGACCACGUGGGUUGCUGCUGAUCGAUAAGAAUCCGAUUCAAGAGUGACGAAGAGCUCUAUUGGUGAUAUUUCUUUCAAUCGAAAUAGAAUUUUUCGGAGCGCAUAAAUCGCUCUCUUUCUUUCUUUUCGACAGAAUUUUCUCUGCAAUGCACGCGAGAAGAUGCAAAAUUAACCAAGUUGAAAAUUUUUAUCCCGGAAAAGGCGAAAGAUGAUUUCAAACGGAAAAAAGUUUUUAGAAAAACUUGGAACACUUUAUGAGCGCGCGAUAACUAACUUGCUAAUUCGUACUUUCUUGUGAUAAGACAGCCCACGCGCUUGAAUUCUUUAAACUCUCGACGACAGACGGUAGAGUAUAUCACGGAAUGCUGAACUUUGAAUUGUAAGAUAUUAUCCGACAAUAUUAUAUUGUGAUAAUUGAGAAGAAGAGAUAGAGGGAAGAUUAAAGGAAGAGAAGAGAGAGCGCGAGAAUUGCGAGAAAAUUGUUGGCUGAUCUUCUCUCUCGCAACAAAGAGCACGAAAAUGGAGAAUGGACACGAUGAAAUUGAUAAUAAUCUUUGGAUAUUCGGAUACGGAUCGCUCUGUUGGCAUCCUGGUUUUUCGUACAUCAGAAGUAUGACCGGAUACGUGAAGGGCUUCGAUAGGCGAUUUUGGCAAGGUAACACCACGCAUCGUGGGACAAUCGAAAAGCCUGGACGAGUUGCCACAUUGAUCGAGGAGAAAGAGGGAAUAGUUUACGGGCGAGCGUUCCAAGUUCAGGAUAGCGCGGCAUUGUCCUAUCUGGAGAAUCGCGAGUGCUCUCUUGGAGGAUACCUGACGACCAUCGCGACGUUUCACAGUCGGGACGGGAGCAAACAGUUCUCCGUGAUAAUUUAUAUCGCCACCAACAAGAACGAGCAAUGGCUCGGUGAAGCGUCGUUGCAGACCGUAGCCCGUCAAAUCACCGAGUGUUCCGGCCCGAGCGGACACAACGUUGAGUAUCUCCUACGGUUGGCGGACUUCAUGCACCGUUAUUUGCCGGAGGCGCACGACGAACACCUUUUCACGCUGGAGAUGCUGGUACGCUCGCGAAUAAAGGAAGAGAACAUGUGCCUGGCGACGUUGAUGGGUAAUCGCGACUUUGUCAUCGACCUCGACGAGGACGCGGAAUUGGCAGGUCGCGCGGAAGCUAACGAACGGCCGCCUCGCGAGAACUCCUUCCAGUUCAGCGCGCGGAUACCAUCCAAGAGCUUGCGUUGCGUGAAAAUGUAGUUGAUCGAAUUCGCAGAUAGUCGCGCAAAGUUUUCGAUUAGAUUGUGCGUGCAAUUAUGGCGAAUGAAAGCGAAGCGGCAGCUUAUUUUCUUACGUCAUAUUCAAGUACAAAUGACUGUUUUGAUAAAGGUGUAAACUAGUAGCAGGAUUACGUUUUUGUAAGGAAUGUGAGUUAAAAAUCAUAGACUAAUUAAACCUGCAAAAAAAGCUCUCGAUAAGCUUUGCUAUAUAUGUGAAUUUUUCGUUGGCGCGAGAACAUGAAUACGCUUUUUUAUCGCAGUCGAUAUGUAUCGGCAUUGAUCUAAAUUUAAAAAGCAGCUGCACAUUCCAUCGAGAAUAUAGUCUUGCUACCGGUAUACAUCUUCCUCUUAGAGGCUAUUCUAUCAUACGUGUUUAUGAGACGGCUGUGUUAAUUUUGUAUCGCGCAACGUGCUGGACACGUGCAUGCUUAGAGAUCGCGAACUUCGCCACUUCCUAUUUUAUACUGCCGACUUACUCUCAGCUAUGUAUUAUUUUUUUAAAUGUAAGACAUUUCUUAUUUUUAUCUUGAUAGAAAGUGAGAAUCGCAAUGUGUGCGCGGAUAAAAUAAAAUCGGAAUUUUUCAAAGUUUGGGACAUAUAUACAAAGAAAGAGUUUUUGUAAACGUAGUGAAACACUUUAUAUUUUUAUAUUGAGGACUUUACGUAUCUCGCUUUUAAAGGUUUAUAAGCAUUCUAAUACUGUGAAUUUAUAAUUUGUACAUAUAUAUAAUUAAUCCAUUGACGCGCGAAUGCGUCUCUUUCACGCACAUUAAACAUACAAUAUAUAUUUCUACAAUAAAAAUUCUAAUUUUUUAAAAAUUGUUUAAAAAAUAUUAAAUAUAUCCACAUUUUACAUGGAUAUAUAAAUGGAAAUAACUCUCGUUCUAUGAGAGGAUUUUUUUAUCGGUAUAAAAUUUAUAGAAAAAAAUUAUUAGACAGUAUGCGUACAUAAAAUAAAAUCGCAUACACACAUGCUGCAACUAUUUUAUCGUGCGCCAACAAGUUAGGAAAUCGCAUUGUGUAACGAUUGAUAUGUUAGCGAUCUUUCUUACAGAUUUUACUAUCAAUAGAUUGCUAUAAUUUUUUCAAAAUUAUUUCUAUAUUUGAAAACUCUUAUAUACAUAAUUUUUAUCUCGAUAUAAAAUAUUUCCCUUAACUAACACAUUUGACUUCUAAAUCUUCAUAAAAUUAUUUUCAUCAAUUAUUAUGACAGAAAUAAAUCUACACUCUUGCGUAUCCGUUUUAGAGGAUGGAGAAAGAGAAAGAAAGAGAGAGAAUAUUUGUGAUGAAAUAUUUUUAUUUUAUUAAGAAAAAUUGAGAAUUUCGCGCAGCGAAAUAAAGUGCGGUCGAGAAAUUCAUGAACGGUACAUUGUAAUAUAGAACAGCCAUUCAUCCAGCCGCUUAGACUCUCCAUGAAUAUUAGACUGUCUAUCCUACGGAACGUUGCGUCGUACAUUUUAGCUACCAUUAUUUUACGUAAUAAUUCGAACGUUCAAGUUUUAGAAGAAAAUUUCCUAGAGUAUAUAUGUUCGAUAACAGUAUUCUAACGGAACAAUCGUACCCUUCCCCCUUCCCCUCCCUCCUUUUUUAUUUAGCGAUAUUAUAUCUAUAAUUAUGUUAUCAAUUUGUAUGUUAUGUCAAGUAGAGAUUCAUGCGUUUAUCUACAACUAUAAAAGCGUGUCACCGAAAAUCGAUCAAAGAAAAUUGCCCAUAUAAACAAUUCUAUAUUCUGCGACAAUUAAUGUAAUUUAUAUUGCUCAAUAACUGUCAAAUGAAACGUUUUAAAAUAAUUGACGUUCUAUCGAAAUAUGCAAGUAAAAUAUUAACUUAUGCAAUGUAGAAAUGUUUUUUUUUCUUUUUUUAAUCGUUAUAUCUUAUAUCAAAAGAUUUGAAUAAUGCCUUUACUACCGUAAUGUAAAGUUUAUAUCAGGCUAUUUUUUAGAAACGGAUGGCAUAAUCUUGCACAUCGAUUUAAGGAAAUUUAGAUUAAGAAUAUUAAAAAAAUUGUAUUAAGAAAGAUAAUCUUUUUUUCACCAUGUUCUUUUUAAAAAGAAAGAUGAACACGAAUCUGCUAUGAUACUUGUGAUGUGGGACCGGUUUUUGCUAAAGUAAAAGGGUCAAACUGUUCAUAAAAAAAAAAAAAAUAAGAAAA